CUUUCUUCUACUCCCACUUGGUAGGCCCUGCAAGAUAGAAUGUCGACUGCUCAGGGCAACAUACCCAACAAGGCAAAAGGCAAGGGCAAGGGCAAGAAAGGUCAAGCAGCGUCCAUCCCCUCUUCAGGUCCCGUGCUUGACCAGCCGCCCAUCCCCGCCGAUGUUGCUAAGAACCCAGAAGAGCUCAUGAAGCUGGCGUUUAAGCGUGCAAUGAUCAGCGGAAAUUUCUUGGACACCAAGUUCUAUGCUUAUUCGCGGAGGAAGCCAUCUGGUGUCGUCUACGCUCCGAUAGCCAUCCACGCUAAUAGUUAUAUUCUGCGGGCAAAGGAGCCCCAGUACUUUGAACCCCUGCUACGAGGAGGUUAUGAUGGGUAUUGCAUCACCGGACCGUUGGAUGGGCCUUUCCCAGAUGAGUUUCCGGCUGAGAUUGGCGCAGACGGAUACGAGUCGGACAGCGACCUCGAGGACGACGAAGAAAAAGCGCAGAGUGCUGGAACAUCUCUUACCGGCAGCUCUAGCUCGUCAGAGCCUGUGAUUCUUGAUCCUGAUUUCUCACUUGGGGACUCUGACGUAGAAAGAAAACAUGAAACAGACGAGACCAAUGAAGGGCACGUAGACCGUGAGGAAGAUCCAGUGGUUGGUGGCACGGGACGCGUCCGGCUAAUCCGCACUUUCGCUUUCCCUACCUGGCGAGCAUUCAUCUUCUACAUCACCACUGGCGAGAUCUCAUUCUCACGACUUAAGAGCCAGUCAAGGAUUCCUGGGUCUUCCGAAACGUCUAAGAAGGCUAAGAAGUCAGGUGCUUCACACCCGGCUUCUCCGAAGUCUAUGUACACGCUCUCAGAUGAGCUCGGGCUCGACAAAUUGAAAGAGCUCGCGAAGAAGGAUAUCGAGUCCAAGCUCUCUGCUGACAACAUCCUUGCGGAGCUGUUUUCGUCGUUUACAGCGAAAUACGACGCUAUCCAAGAACUAGAGGUCGACUAUGCAUGCAAUAAUGCGAAGGAGGUCGUCGCCAAGGGCCUGUACGAGUGGAUGGAUAGUAUCUCUCCGGAGGACCUGAAGCGCAACGCCGGCGUGCUUGCGCGGCUCUUUCAGAAGAUGGCCGUUGGUCCCUCCAAUCCCGCUACCAGCAGACCGACUUCGUGUCCCAGCUGUCGAGCUGGUACAAAGGGCUACAGCAGCUUCUAUUCCAUAUGCGGCAAUUGUAAUAAUAACGUGUAGCUAUGUAACUACCGACCUUGUCUGCACGAUAAAAUCCAGUCCAGCUGUACAUAAGGCUAACAAUGAC